AAAUCGAAGCCAAAACGGAGAGAGAGUGAGCAAUCCAAAACUGCGCGAGAAAAAUGGGGCGGAAGAAGGGAGUGGUGGACUUCGACGAGUCGCCGCCGGACGACUUUGAUCCGGCUAAUCCGUACAAGGACCCGGUGGCGAUGCUGGAGAUGAGGGAGCACUUGGUGCGGGAGAAGUGGAUUGACAUCGAGAAGGCCAAGAUCAUCAGGGAGAAACUCCGUUGGUGCUACCGCAUCGAAGGCGUCACCCACCUCCAGAAGUGCCGCCACCUGGUCCACCAGUACCUCGAGUCCACUCGAGGCAUCGGUUGGGGGAAGGACCACCGUCCUUACGAGUUCCAUGGUCCGAAGCCGGAGCCUGUGGAGUCUGAGUGAUCGAUUUCAGGUGAGUAAGUUUGGGCUGCAGUGAAAUGCAGAAAUUGGAGGGAAGUUGGGGAUCACAACAUCACGAUUUCGUUGUCUGUUAUCAUCUCUAGACUUUGUAAAACCAGUCUUAUCUCUUCUUUGUUGUUACAGAUUUCGGGCCAGAUUUCAGGCUUCGACUUUUCACUAGAUUAUCUUGCUUGUUAGCUUCCAAAAUCUCGAUUUCAACCAGGCCUCUGCCUAUAUAGAAAAGAAUAAGUUUCUUGUUUUUUGAUAUGUAAGAAUGAUGGAUCAUAAAUCUUGAGCACACUCAAGUCUCACGGAAAAACAGUUGCUAAUUCUCUAAAGCAUUACAAUUUGUGUUUUUA